CAGAUGACGGGUUUGACAUAUCGGGAAGGGAGUUUUGAUAAAAGGCUAAGAAUUAAGAAUUUUUUGUAUACACAUACGUAUUAAAAAAAAAACAUACAACACGCAAUAUUCAUAAAUUAAAAUAAUUGUGCACCUUUUUUUAAUAAAUAAAUAUCCAAAAAUGUUGGCGUUAAUGAAUCGUAUACUAGAUUGGUUUAGGAGUUUAUUUUGGAAAGAAGAAAUGGAAUUAACAUUGGUUGGAUUACAAUAUUCUGGAAAAACAACUUUUGUAAAUGUUAUCGCUUCAGGACAAUUCAGUGAAGACAUGAUUCCCACAGUAGGUUUUAAUAUGAGAAAAAUAACAAAAGGUAAUGUCACAAUAAAAGUAUGGGAUAUUGGAGGUCAACCACGAUUUCGAUCCAUGUGGGAACGAUAUUGUCGGGGUGUUAAUGCUAUUGUUUAUAUGGUUGAUGCUGCAGAUCCAGAGAAAAUUGAAGCUUCACGAAAUGAACUUCAUAAUUUAUUAGAUAAACCACAACUUACGGGAAUUCCAGUUUUGGUGCUUGGGAAUAAACGUGAUUUACCACAUGCCCUUGAUGAAAAUGGUCUUAUUGAACGAAUGAAUUUAUCUGCAAUACAAGAUCGUGAAAUAUGCUGUUAUUCAAUCUCAUGCAAAGAAAAAGAUAAUAUCGAUAUAACAUUACAAUGGUUGAUUGCACAUUCCAAGUCAGGUAUUCGUUAAGUACACGAUGUGUGUGACGGGGGAUCGAAUCAAAGCAAUUCGAUACUCUGGGGGAUCGAUGAUUGAAAUCAUCUUUAUAAUAUAGGGGGGGUUUUGUUGAACAAAUGAACAAUAGGAGAGACAUUUGACAUUGUUUGCUAUACCUACAAUUUAAUAAAAAUUUAAUAAUAUGUUUUCAAAAUGCAUAAAAAAAAAUACUACGGUUUUCAUUCACAGAUGUCGUUACUAAACUUACAAAAAUACCAUAGUUGGAGUAGGUAAAUGAAUUAGAUUUCCGCUCCAACAAAAUAACAUACAUAUUCUCUCGAGACGGUCCUAUGUCAGUAGGGAUGCGAAUUUUACCGGUAAAAUAUAUAUUUUAAUUAAUUUACCAAUAAAAUUCUGGUAAAUUAUCGGAUAAUUACACAAAUAAGUUUUUAAUGUCAUCUAGCAUAUCUACAACGUAUUACUGGAGCAUAAUGUCAUCGUAGGUCAGGGGUGGCGAACCUUUAUGUAUCAACGUGGCAUUUUUUUCUAAAGAAUGAGACCAUAGACGUGCCGUGAAAUAAUUUUAACUUUAUAAUUAUUGGAAAAAUGAUAAAACUAACUAUUAUCAACUCAAAACUUCUUUAUUUACUACAAAAUAAAUACAUUUUGCACAGUUCUUAUUAGCGAUCUAAGGUUUAGUAUAGACAUCUAUGUAUUCAUUAAUAAUAGAUCUUUUUAUGUUUAAAAAUCAGAUUAUAGAAAUUAUUUC